UUAAUUUAACAUAUUCUGUAGUUCCUUUUGUUGGAAUUAUGUAUCAUUUAAUUAAUUUAAACGAUUAAACAGGUUAUCACGUAUUUGUUCAGGCUGUGUUUUUCCUUUUACUUUAUAACCUAAUUUACAACACUCAAAAUGUGUUGCGUCUUAAAGGUCUUAAAUGACUUAAAGAUCAGUCCACACUACGUCAAAUUAUUAACUUAUUUUGUCUCCGUUUUUUGUAAAAAAUGUUUCGAUGAUAUGCUACCUUAGGCCAAUGGUUUAAUGUGAAAUUGAAGUGAUAUUUGGAAACGUGGACUCGAGUCAUAUGACUUGGACUCGAGUCAUGUGACUGUUGGUUGCCUUCUACUGUCAUUGGACUUCCGACUUCAACAUUAGUGACUCGUUCUGUGUGAAGCGCUCGACUCUCACAAUACUUUUAUCAUGUCAAGCAGGAAGCCAAAAGUCAUUGCUUAUGGUUUCAAACAUUUCAGGGUGGAGAACAACAAAAGAGUAGCUGUAUGCAAAAUAUGUGGCAAACAAAUUAACGAUGUCAUCUCAACCACUUCAAAUUUUGUGCGGCAUCUGAAGUCACAUAAAGAGAGUUUUACUGAAUACCAGAACACAACAUCCAUCCACAUUGACCCUCUGCAACCUGGCACAUUCCAGCUAGAGCAUCAACAGAUAAAAGACGACCCAUAUUCACCUAUCAGUAUGAGCCAGCCACAACUCGACCUAUCACACUCAAUCCCACCCCACGCGAUUACUCGCCUGGUACGUGAUUGGCUGGCAGAGGACACGCCCAACUUCGACCCUGCAGGGGUGUGUGUGGGGUCACAGGACGUUGAGGCUACGUUGUUUUGUAAAUCACCCUGUAGUAUUUUGGCGGGAAUCCCCUUUUUCACAGCAGUGUUUACCGAGCUUGGCUGCACUGUGGAAUGGAUGUACCAAGAGGGGGCAGACCUGGGUCCAGGGGCUGUAACCCCAACUGCUGUGGUGAGAGGCCCAGCCAGGUGUGUCCUCCUGGGGGAGAGGCCAGCCCUCAACUGCCUGGCCCGAGCUUCUGGGAUUGCCACUCGCUGCUCCAAGCUGCAGUACAUCACCUCAAAAGCUGGAUGGCAAGGGCAGGUGGCAGGCACACGAAAGACAACCCCUGGCUUCCGAUUGGUGGAGAAGUAUGCCAUGCUGGUGGGCGGAGUGUCCAUGCAUAGACAGGAUCUGAGCGGGAUGGUGAUGCUGAAGGAUAACCAUGUUUGGGCUUCAGGAAGUAUCACACAGGCGGUUAUGGAUGCCCGUGCUGUGUGUGGCUUCAGCAGUAAGAUCGAGGUGGAGUGUGGUUCCAGGGAGGAGGGCAGCGAGGCAGCAGCAGCAGGAGCUGACAUAGUAAUGCUGGAUAACUUCAAGCCUGAGGAACUGUGUGUUGCAGCCCGGCUUCUGAAGGAAAAGUUCCCCUUUCUGCUGAUUGAGGCCAGUGGAGGGGUAACACCCAGUUCCCUCCUUGAAUACCUCUCCCCUCAUGUGGACAUCAUAUCCCUGGGUUGCAUAACGCAGGGUUGCCCCAUUGUUGACUUCUCUCUCAAGGUUCAUAAAACAGUUUUUGAACCCUUUUAUGGGGAAUCUAAAUCUUAAAUUUAGUAAAGAGUAAAGAAGAAUCCAGCUAAAAUAAAUUGCAGUUGCGAUACUCAAUUCUAUUUCCAUUUUUUGUUAAGUGAUUUUGUUAUUCUAUUUGUUUGAGGAUAUAAACCUGGAAUUACUAGAAACAGUAUAACAUAUUUGAUUAAUUGAACUGUAACACACCAAAAAAAUGUAAUAAAA